GCAACACGAGAACGAGGCUUGGAACUCGGAGACGGAAGUAGAUCUUUUGGGGGAGUACAUCAGAGAACGGCAUGGCUCCAGGAGGAAAAAUCAACCGACCAAAGACGGCCUUGCAAAAAAAUCUCCUAAAACGUCGACGUUUGAUAUGCCGUGAGAAGCGGAGGAAGCACAUGAUAAUUGGAGCUAUAGUCGACAAAGACCUAAUAACUGUUCAUCACCUCAGGAAGAGAAGUUCCAGUGCAAGAGCAAAUAUCACACUGUCUGGAAAGAAAAAGAGAAAAUUGAUUAAGCAGCUACAGCACGUUCAAAAGAAAAAAGAGCAAAUGGAUGUUGAACCUCAAUCAAAACCCAAAAAGGCCAGUCUUGACAUGGACAUUGAAAGCAGCGCCCCAAAAAAGAAAUCCAAGAAAUCCAAAAAAUCCAAGAAACCUAAACAGGACGUGGAAAUGGGAGAUGUGACUCCGGAGACCAGUACCAUAGACAACACUCUUGUUUAGCAAUUACAUUGAUGGAACUUAAUCUGGACUUAUGAAUAUUGGUUUCAUGCCAUACUUCGGGGCACGUUGGUACCACCAGGAUUGAAUAUACAGACUAAAAUGGAGCCAGUGUUAUAAAUGAUCAGAAUACGUUCUAUUUGUCAGUUGGUAUAUUGAUUUAUCUAACCAAUUUCUGGUGAUUAUACUAACUGCAGAUGCUGUACCUUUGUUCAAGUGUUUGUUCUUAUAUUUUUCCAUAAUGAUGUGCCUUUAGUUCAUUUUAUAAAAUUAACGUUCACAUUG